GGCAGUGUGACCUUUGAUGACGUGGCCGUGUACUUCUCCUGGGAGGAAUGGGAUCUCCUUGAUGAGGCUCAGAGACGCCUGUACCAGGAUGUGAUGCUGGAGAACUUGGCACUUAUAACCUCCCCGGACUUUAGGAAGGCUUGUUGGAAAGACUACGUCCUGGAGUUUGAAAUGACCACCCUUCGCUUGUUUGACUGAGGAGCAGAUCCCCACCCCGCCGCCCAUGGUGGGUGUCAUUGCUAACUUUCUCUUGGUACCACUUGGCAAAUGCUCUGGUCCUCAGAGAGAACACUGUUCCUGCAACCCUCUGGAGCUCCCGGAACUACAUUACCCCUCACGUACACGCCGAAAUGAGUCGAUGACAGGUCAAUAGGAGGUAUUUCCUUGAGAAUGUAUUGCGUCGGGGCGGGACUUCCGGCGUUCUUUCCGUGGCGGGAUUUUUGUCUUCUCUCCGGCGGCUCACGUACCCGGUUAGAGGCUCCGAAACGGAGGGUCGAGGUCGAGGUGUCAGGACCGAGUAAGCGCGAGAGUCAUUGUUACCGCCGCGCAGACGCGUGUGCGAGGCUCUUCGACGUCGCCUGGGUGACCCGCACGAGACCUGGACAAGGAUGAGGGUGCCAGUGCCACAGUCGUCCUGCCCCACCCACCCUCGGCUCCCGGCCCGGCUCCGCCCACGGAGUCCCUUAGCGGGCCUCGGGGUCCUCCCCACUCACCCCACCGAGCGCUGCAGCCCGGGAGCGGGCAGCCUGUCACGUCCUGCAGCCGAGGCCCCAGCGUCCCAAACUGUGAGGAGCUCGUGGGUGACACAGGGUCUGAUGGGGGUUGCAGAGCUUGAUGGUCUGAGGACCACGUGUGAAGAUGUUCAGAUGUUCAGAUGUUAAUGGGCCGCUGAUCCGACAGCAGGUCUUUAUUAUUUUCUUUAGGGGCAAGAAGGAGCAGGCCCAGAGUCAAGUUCCAGAGGUGGGCCAUGUGUCUUGGAGGUAAUGAAAGGUUUGAAUUGGGGGAGGAUGGUGGCCUUUUUGAGGCGCUAGCAGAGCAGAAGAACGGUGGGGGAAGGGAAGAGGAGCACAGGAGGCAAUUACCACUCUCGCCUGCUUCCGGGUUCAUGGACCACAGCCUUGGCAGUUCACAGGAGGGGAAUGCAGGUUGUGCCAAUGCUGCUGGUUGCUGUUGUGGAGCAAAGGAUGUGGAGGCACCAUCUGAACAGAGCAUUCCUGUAGGAGUGUCACAGACCAGAACUCCAGAGGAACCUCCAUCUUCCCAGAAGACCCAUCCUUGUGAGAUAUGUGGUUCGGUAUUGAGACACAUCUUCCACUUGACUGAAAACCAGGAAACACUACACAGCCUGAAACUGUUGAGAUGUGGGUCAUGUGCAAAACAAUUUGAUUUCAGUGCAAACUGUCAGCAGUACCAGGAGCAUCGCACAGGAGAAAAACUCUUUAUAAGUGAUGUGAACAGAGCCUCGUUUGCAAAGAGCUGCAAUUUCCCUAAGUCACAGAAGCCCAUUACCUGUGAGGAGGUUGGGAAAGACUGCAUGACCACCUCAGGACAUCUCCAGCAACAGGCGACUCACACCAGAGAGAAGCCAAACAAAAUCUCCAAAAAUAAAGUGUCUUUUCAAAGCAUAAAAAGUAGUCGUACUUGGGAAGAACGCAAGAAAGCCCUUAGUCCGAAAAACACACUUGUUCAGGAUUCAGGUGUGCACACUAAAAGACAGUGUUUUACGUGCCAUGAGUGUGGGAAAACAUUCAGGUACAAAUCUUCAUUUGUUAUUCACCAGAGAGUCCACACUGAUGACAAAAUUCGUGUUUGUGAAGACUGUGGAAAAUCCUUUAGGGGAAGCUUAACCUUCAGUCAACACCGAAGAAUUCAUUCUGGGGCAAGGCAGCACAAGUGUGGCAAAUGUGGGAAAUCCUUUAACCAAAAAUUCGUCCUCAUUUAUCCUCAGAGAAGUCACACUGGAGAAAGUUGUUAUGUGUGUUGUGAGUGUGCGCCAUCUUUCAGGCAUAGCUCUGUUCAUAUUCAACAACAGACAGUUGAUACUGGAGAAAUGAGUUUUGAGUGCACUGAAUGUGGGAAAUUCUUUAAACGAAAAUCUGACCUCAUUGAACAUGGCAGAGUUCACACAGGAGAAAGGCCUUAUGAGUGUGAUGAAUGUGGGAAAUCUUUUACUUCUAGCUCUGCUCUCCGUUAUCAUGAGAGAGUUCACACUGGAGAAAAACCCUAUAAAUGUAGUGAAUGUGGGAAAUCCUUUACCUCUAGCUCUGGCCUCCGUUACCAUCAGAGAGUUCAUACAGGAGAAAGGCCAUAUGAGUGUAGUGAUUGUGGAAAAUCUUUUACUCAAAUAAAUCACCUCAUUAUACACCGAAGAGUUCACACAGGAGAAAGACCUUAUGAGUGCAGUGAAUGUGGGAAGUCCUUUAGCCACAAAUCUUACCUCUCCCAACACCAGAGAGUUCACACUGGAGAAAGGCCUUUUGAGUGUAGUGAAUGUGGGAAAUCUUUUACCUCUGGCUCUGCCCUCUGUUAUCAUCAGAGAGUUCACUCUGGAGAAAAACCCUAUGAAUGCACCGAAUGUGGGAAAUCUUUUACCAAUGGUCCGAUACUCAUUCGACAUCGUAGAGUUCACACAGGAGAAAGGCCUUAUGAGUGCAGUGAAUGUGGGAAAUCAUUUACCCAAAGAAAUCACCUCAAUAUACAUCAGAGAGUUCACACAGGAGAGCGGCCUUAUGAAUGUCGUGAAUGUGGAAAAUGUUUUACUUCUGGCUCUGCCCUUCGUUAUCAUCAGAAAGUUCAUAUUGGAGAAAGGCCUUAUGAGUGCAGUGAGUGUGAGAAAUCUUUUACCUCUAGUUCUGCCCUCCGUUGUCAUCAGCGAGUUCACACAGGAGAAAGGCCUUUUGACUGCAGUGAAUGUGGAAAAUCUUUUAGGGAUAGUUCCCAGUUGAAUCAACAUCAGAGAGUUCACACUGGAGAAAAACCUUAUGAAUGUGCUGAUUGUGGGAGAUCCUUUAGUCAGAAUUCAUACCUCUCUAAACACAGGAGAGUUCACACAGGAGAAAGACCUUAUGAGUGUAAUGAAUGUGGAAAAUCUUUUACUUCUGUCUCUGCCCUUGGUUAUCAUCAGAGAGUUCACACAGGAGAAAGGCCUUACAAGUGCAGUGAGUGUGAGAAAUCUUUUACAAAUAGCUCGAUACUUAUUAGACACCGGAGAGUUCACACAGGAGAAAGGCCCCAUGAGUGCAGUGAAUGUGGGAAAUCCUUUACCCAAAGAAUUCACCUCAUUAUUCACCAGAGGGUUCACACAGGAGAAAGGCCGUAUGAAUGCAAUGAAUGUGGGAAAUCUUUUACUUCUCGUUCCACACUCCAUUAUCAUCAGAGAGUUCACACGGGAGAAAGGCCUUAUGAUUGUAGUGAAUGUGGCAAAUCUUUUAGCAGAAAAUCUAACCUUUCUCAGCACAUGAGAGUUCACAAUGGAGGAAGGCCUUAGAUGUGUAUAAAAUGUACAGGGGUUUUUUUGUUGUUCAGUGUUAACUACACAGGAGGAAACUCUGAGGCCCUGUUUGUCUUAAUUAUACUCAUGCAUCCAAACAUCAAUGGAAGGGAGGUUCCCCAUAAGUUCUUGUCAUGUGGGAACCAUGUGUAUCUGUGUUGCACUUUUUAAUUGACACAGAUCUUUUGCAGAUUUACAUCACUCAAAAUUUCUCUGGUUGAAGCUAUUUUACUUGUAUUACCUUGCAGGUCCCCACAGUUUUCAUCAGUCACUGUCCUAAUGUCCUCAGGGAAGCUAACUCUGUUCUCUGAUUUGUUGGAGGGAUUUAGGAGUAGCCUCAGCCCUUAGGAGAUCUGCAUUUCCUUUACUCUGACUAGUUGGGGCAUGGACCUGACCCAUUGUUGACCACGGAAAACAUCAUCUGAGUUCAGCGGGCAGCUUGAGAAGGACUGUUUUCUUCAGGGACCUGGUUUCCCUAGACACCUGUGAUGAAUAUGUUCAGUGUUGAAGUCACCAAUGCAAGAACUGCCAGGUCCAUGUCUCUUUGGUUUGUAAAAUAAUGAAUGUCUUAUUUUUUAAGUGCCCUUUAAUCUUGAGUAUUGUAUUUUUGUGUGGGGUUUAUAAGCAGAUGUGGGCUCUACAAGCAUGAAGAGGUGAGCAACCUUUAUGGGGGUCUCAAAGUUUCUCUGCCUCAGAUUGGGUGAUAUGGUCGCAGCAAUUAGGUCACCAUUUUUUACCAAAUUUGUAUUAUUGCCCAUGUCCUCUUAGGAAAGACUGCAGGGCUUCCUGGUCACGUGAAGCCAGGAUGCUAUAAGUUCGAGGAGACUCAAAAAUCACCUGAGGAAGAGCAUUUGUGAAAAAAAGUUCUUCGAGUAGCAUGAAUUUACCUGGUUCACAGGGUAUGUCAGUACUUUUGAAGGGAAUCACUUUCAAAGGUCUUAAAAUGAGCCAUGUGCCCUGUUACCUACAAUACCAUAGGUGGUAGUCACUUGAUUGUAGGACAGUAGAAGUUAUGGGAAGUUAUGGUUGCUAGAGAAUCACUAUUCUAGUAGGGGUUGGAGGAGACUGCAGCCAACUAGAUGGAAUGUGCCUCUUGGAAACAUGUAUCAAGAAGUGUAUUUGUGAAAAAGAUAGCGGGAGUGGUGAGUUCACAAAUCUGAGACUCUCCCAACUUAUUUGUCUUCUGUGGCCCAAGUCAUUUUCAUUGAAAAUAAUCAAAAGAUUUUGUGAAUUUCUGUAGGGCCUCAGAUGUUCACCUCAAGACAGUUGGUGCCCAGGCAGGAAAUCAAAGGUAAAGAAAAGGGGUAUGUAUAGUCCAGGGAUGUGGCUUUUGUGACCCAGUCAGCAUUCCUGGUUUGCUAUAUUCUGUCAUUGUUUGCUCUAUGUGCUGUCACUAAGGCAAGACUGACCACUAGAGGGCAUGAGCACAUGAAUUGAAUAUAGUUGCCAACCCUAUUUUUUAAAAAGUUGGAUACACAAUUUUCUUUUUUAUCUUGAGCAAUUUUUUAAAAGCUUUAGUAUGGUAUAAUACACAUGUACUAAAUGAUAUAUUUCAAGUAUAGUAUCUGAUGAAGUUUGACCUAUGUAUUAAAAUGAAACCAUCACCACAGCCAUAAUGCUGACCAUAUCUGUCACUGUGUAUUUUUUUUCAUAUCUUUUUUAAUAAAGAUUUUACUUAUUUAAAUUUUUUUUAGAGAGAGGGGAAGGGAGGGACCUAAAGAGGAAGAGGAACAUCCAUUGGUUGCCU